AUGGCUCUUGGCGUCCUAAAUACACAAGUGAAAAGUUCCUUGAAUGGGAGUGCAUUUUUUGACCAUGGUUCUAUAGAGGAGCAGGAACCUCCACCUCCACUCCGUAGCUACCUUUGUUUGACUAUUUUCACCUGCUUUUGUCCUGCAUACCCUGUCAACAUUGUGGCCCUGGUCUUCACUAUCAUGUCUAGAAAGAGUUAUUAUCAGGGUGACUAUGAUGGGUCCAGGCGGCUGGGCAGGAACGCUCUCUAUGUUGCUAUCGCCUCCAUCAUCAUUGGCCUUCUCAUCAUUGCCAUCACCUGCAUUGUUCAUUUUACCACAAUGGAUUUUUAGCACUGUGGAAGUGGAGAGAUGGAGAAAUGAACUGAGACACAGAAAACUCUAAGAAGACAUGUUGAACCUCUGUUGAUCUCUGAAAGGAGUCAGGUGGUUGGUUCAUACCAUCUGCUGA